AUGAUAAUCCAGCAUGUAGCGCGCGCGUGCCGGCGCCAUCCCCUUCCUCGAAACCGAAACUUCAGCAGGAAUGUCUUUACAAGGGAUCAAAUCAAGACGGCCGAACUGCAGAAGACUCCCCAUACCCCGAACCAGAUAGUCACAGAAGUGCCACACUCGGCCGAGGCUUCGAUCAUCGACGUCCCCGGUCCGCUCUGGUACCACCGUUUGGGACCUGUCAAGGAUUUUUUCUCCUGGUUCAGUCGGAUGCAGAGACGGAGGCCGCUGGGCAUCGCCCUGGCGACGUCUUUGACAACGUAUCUCUGUGGAGACCUGCUCGCGCAAGAGGUCGGCGGGGAACCGUACGAUGGGCUGCGGACGUUGAGGAUGAUCGCGGUUGGCAGCCUGGCGUCUAUACCGGGUUAUAAAUGGUUCCUAUUCCUGGGCACGCACUUCAACUAUGCCUCAAAAUGGACGACGAUUACGGUCAAAGUCCUCAUUCAACAGUUUUUCUUUGCGCCCAUCUUCAACACAUAUUUUUUCGGCAUGCAGGCCCUCUUGUCAGGCGAAGCUCCCUCGGUGGUUGCCCACCGCAUCGUUUCGGCCGUGCCAGAAAGCGUGGUGAGCUCGGCCAAGUUCUGGCCUGCCGUCACGGCACUGAAUUUCACGCUUGUGCCCGCCCAUCUCCGAUUUGCCUUCUCCGGCUUCUUUGCCGUGAUAUGGCAGACAUAUUUGUCAUUCCUCAAUCGACGCGAGGAGAAGACUGGGCCCCAAGGCACGCUGGCUGAUCAAGCACGCCAGAAGUUGUAUGAAGAUGCCCCGUCGGCUUCGGUUGCUGACGUCUUGGAUGGAGUUGAUUGA